AUGGGCACUCACUAUGAGCAUGGGAGGAAGGGAGGGGGAAAGCUGACCUGCAACGGGCAAUAUGGAAAUGCAGCGUGGACCCCCGUUGUGAUUCGUAGGACCCCGCCCAAACCUGCACAGUCAGGUUGUUGGAUGGCCAAUAACCUGCAGUCCACCACCGCUACAGCCUACAGGGGGGACAUCACACCACUGGUCCAGUCCCGGGGCCUGGACAGGCACACCCAUCAAGACUCCUCUCAACCUCGAGCUUGUCUAGUCUCGGCCAGGGAUGGUAUCCCUUCAUUCGAUGCCCUCGCGAUUUGGAUGUCAAAGGAACUCACGUGCCAUGGGGGGGAUGACAGACCUUACAUGAGCGGACGUUUACAGUUCAAUCUGUACCACGGAAGGCAUCUGCCAAUUGUCUGGCACAAUGAAAGGAAAUGGGCGCCAUGA